CGAUUCCUGGGAAAUAUCAAAGAAGCCUUUGACAAAAAUCCCGAUUUGAACAACCUUCUAUUUGACUCGUUCUUUGGAGAUGUAAUCGCUACCUGCCAAGGCGGAUGGCGUGAGGUUGUCUCUUUGGCCGCCUUAAAAGGAGUCCCUUGUCCCGCUUUCAGCUCGGCGUUGGCCUACUACGACGGAUUGCGCUGCAGUCGAUUGCCAGCCAACUUGCUUCAGGCUCAACGUGAUUAUUUCGGUGCGCAUCAGUUCGAAAGAAUAGAAAAACCGGGCACGUUUGUGCACGCAAACUGGACUGGACAUGGUGGCAACGUCGCAGCAACUACAUAUCAAUUGUGA